AAUUACAAGCAUUAUUAUGCCAGUAACAUACUAACUGCACCUAUAACAAGUAUAUAUAAGUUAAAAAAAUAUCUUUCAGAAUAAGUACCUACAUAUUUUAUCAGUAAAUAGCAUUACCGCUCUUAAAUUAAUAUUAUAAAUUGAUAGAGUAUUCAAAAAGUGUUGCUCGAUACAACUAGUUUAAAACCAACUGAAGCAGGAACACGUGUGAUAAAUUGGAAUUACAAAAUUUUCACUCAGAAUAGGUAUACAUUUUUUCUGAUCCUACAUCACCAGCGUACGAUGAAAUUAAGUGCUUUAAAAAUGAUGUUUUAUACGUUUAUAGUUCAUGUUAUUAUUCCAGAUAUUCAAAGUGAUGUUUUAACAUCGUUAGGAAUAAAUUCUGAUAGAAGUAAGUUUAAAAAAUUCGUAGAAGAUUUUAAAACAAAAUAUGAUCUCGUAGAAGGGGCAGAAAUUAUUGAUCAGUCUCAGGACGAUAAAUUCGGAAAAGUCUCUCAAGAGUUUAUCACUUUUGAAAUCGAUUUACUUCUAAUAUUACAGCAGAUGGCCUACGUGUUUGAUAAAAGAAAUGAAACUAGACUCAUUCACGCGGACUAUUUUAUAACGAUUUGUACAUAUCUUCCGAGAUGUUUGGAUUUUAUCAAUAUUAAUGUCUUUCAGAAUACCAUAACAGUUCUGUUGAACAAAAUUCAUAUAGUUCUAUGUUAUUCAUUACCUACAUAUCUGGGAACACAUAUCAAUGCGUUACCGGAUCAUAUAGAAAGUGAACGUUUUAUUGAGACAAUUGAAAAUAAUUUAUCCUAUAUAGUAUCAAUGACAAAAGAUAAAACAAAAAAAGAUAAAAACCUGUUUGACCAACAAAACUACAAGAUGGACAGUCAGAAUUUUAUUUCAAAUGUUUAUAAGAUCAUUGGAAAUAUCGAUUUUAUAUCAUGUAUAAGUAAAAAUAUCGGUAUUAUAAAGCAGCAUUAUAUGGAACAUAAUUCGAAUACUAAGAAAAUAAAAUUCAAGGUGAUUAAAGUGAGUACUAGAGACAAUGAUAAACAAAUAAAUUCUGAAAUCAGUAUGCAUUUUCGGAAACUCAAUAUAAAGUAUACAAAUAAUCUUCGGAACGAAUGCGGUUUAUCAUAUGUUGACAUUCGGUCAAAAGAUUUGUCAGAGCUCGAUACUAUACAAGAAAUUGUUUUUUAUACAUUAAAGAAACUCCAACAAUAUUGUACAAAUACUAUAUUGAAUAGUACAAAGACACUUUCAAAAGCAACCGAAAAAGACUUAAAGAACACGAAUGAUAUGAUGGACAUGUUACAAGAAAUAUGCCAUAAAAUGUCUUUAAUUCUUGUCUAUCUAAAAGAAAAUGAAGUAAACGACGACACUAUAAUGUUCAGCACCUAUUUGUCGUUUUGCGGGGACUUCAAGGGAUACACUGAUGUCCGUUGCACCAGUGCUUUUCGAGGUACUGCAGCUGUUAAGAAUCUCGAAGCCGAGAAGAUAAUAUGUAUACGGGAAACAGUGAAAAAUAUUUGGAUGUGGAAUAUAUUAAUAACAACCACGGAGGUCCCGAAAAAAAAAGAAGACAAGCAUUCAAAAAACGAAAACUGUAAAAAUUUGUACUUGAAUUAUUUAGUAAAUAUCAACAAUACUAUUAGAAAAUUUUACAACGAAUUUGGCAGGUGGGCCAACUUUGUGUGGUUGAGUGGUAAAUAUUUUCUUGCCGAAAAUAUUGAAAACCCAAUAAUGUACGAUUUAAAAUCAAAAUAUAUAACUAUUAAAAACGUAAAUAUGAGUUUAUCAGUUGGGUACUAUGCUAUAUUACCAUGGGGUUUGAACACGUACACUAUAGGGACUUUCCAUAAUGUGAUUGUAAACCAUGUAGACAGAACAAUGAAUACUUUCGUUUACAUAUACGCAAUAAUCAUACAUUUGUACUUAGAGCGCACAAGUAUUAGCAUUGAUUCCCGUGUUUUACAAAGAAUACGAAAUAGUGUUCGGUGGUAUACCGACGGGACGGAAUUAUUUUAUAAAUAUCUUUAUUUACCCUUAUACACCGAUAAAGACGCACAGAAUAAACCACAACCAUCUGAUGAGAUUAAAACUAUCAUUAAUAGAAUAAAAAAUAUAGAUGACAGCGGUAAUAUAAGUUUUGACGACAUCAUUCCUCAAAACGAAAAAGACGAUAUUUUGGUAUGGUCCGAACCUUAUCUCCAAAACAACGAUGAUGGCUACAAACAAUUUAACACAUUAAUAAAUGAGAAUUGUAUGGACGCUAUGGACUACAUGUGUUCUUUUUUUUGGAUCGCAGAGAAGUCUAUGAAUAUAUAUUUUGAAUUCCAUUCUGCUGCUACUAUGUACUCAGAGUUCUGUCCGAAAAAUAUAUUUGAUGUAAAAUCCGACCAAAAUCCUAUAAGAGUAGUUUGAGACCAGAAAUGAAAUACAGAGGCCGGUUCUAAAACCGUAAUCAUUGGUUCGUGUACACCUGGAAAUAAAUCAGAAGUUAAAUCUUUUUUGAUAGGUCCACUUAUAAUUCAAUAGAAACAUUUAUGUGAACGUAGUGUUGAAUUUAUUUUUUAAGAUUUUACAAAUUUAUAUUUAUUGUGUAUUUUGAUAAAAAUUAUUAAUAUUUAUUAUGUCCAGUUAAACUAUUUAUUGAGCUCAUCUAUAUCAUCCUUAAUAUAGGUACAAUUUAAAAAAUUUAAUGAUUGAUUAAAAUAAUUGUUUCAUUCCAAAUUAAUGUUGAAUGCUACAGUUAUUUGUAAACGACCACAAAAAUUUUACUGUAUUUUCUUUGUUUCUAGAUUCGUGAUAUAGUUUUGCGAAAUUAGCGGUUUAUAAUUUUAAUUAAACGUAUUUACAUUUAAUUUUGGGUUUUAUUAUUCUAACAAUAAAACGCAUUUUAUUAACAACACUAUUAAUUAGUUCUGGUUUAGUUAAUAAACCUAGUAAGAAGUGUUUUAUUUUAGUAAUUCGAUAAUUGUUUUUUAUGUUAAAAAAAGUUGUCAAAUAUUUUUUAUAUUUUGAUUAUGUUUUCUAAAUAGCUGCAACACUGCGAGAAAACAUUGGUAAACCUUUCACUGGUGUAUUUUAUUUUGAAAAGUUCUGCUAACAAUUUAAUGCCACAAUCGUGCAAAUCGAUUAUUGGCUAAUGCGGAGUUUUUUUCCAUAGCAUGGGACACAUGGGUGGCGCGAUAUUAGAGAAACACUUAUGUUGCCCGAGAAGUCAGUUUACUAAAUCGUAGGUUACAUAAACUAUAUUUCUAUGGAUAAAAUUGACAAUCAUUGACCAUUCAAUAUAAUAUGAGAUUUUAUUGUUACAAUAAACUUUUUGUUUCACANUUGACGACAUCAUUCCUCAGCACGAAAAAAACGCUAUUUUGUUAUUGUCUGAAACUAAUCUCCCAAACAACGAUGAUGGCUACACAGACUUUAACAACGUAAUAAAUGAGAAUUGUAUGGACGCUAUGGACUACAUGUGUACAUAUUUUAGGAUCGCAGAGAAGUCUAUGGACAUUUAUUUGAAAUUACAUUCUGCUGAUACUAUGUACUCCGAGUACUGUGCGGAAAAAAUAUUUGAUGUGAAAUCCGACCAAAAGUCUAUAAGAGUAGUUUGAGAUCAGAAAUGAAAUACAGCGGCCGUUUCUAAAAGCGUAGUCAUUGGUUCGAGUUCACCUGGAAAUAAAUCAGAUAAUAAGUCUUUUCAGAUAGGUCCAUUUAAAAUUCAAUAGAAACAUUUAUGUGAACGAAGUGUUGAAUUUAUUUUUUAUGAUUUUACAAAUUUAUAUUUAUUGUAUAUCUUGAUAAAAAUUAAUAAUAUUUAUUAUGUUCGGUUAACCUAUUUAUUGAGCUCAUCUAUAUCAUAUUUUAAUAUAGUUACAAUUGUAAAAAUUUUAUGAUCGAUUAAAAUAUUUUUUUCAUGCGAAAUUAAUGUUGUAUGCUACAGUUAUUUGUAAACGACCACAAAAAUUUUACUGUAUUUUCUUUGUUUAUAGAUUCGUAAUAUAGUAUUGAGAAAUUAACGGUUUAUUAUUUUAAUUAUAUGUAUUUACUUUUAAUUUUGGGUUUUAAUAUUCAAACAAUAAAACGCAUUUUAUUAACAACACUAAUAAUUAGUUCUGGUUUAGUUAAUUAACGUUGUAAGAUGU